AUGUCCCUGGUGCCCGCUGCUCCGGUGAAACCCAGAUUCUCAAGGGUCCACGUCCAGGAAGCAGAAGGACCAGGGCUCUGGCUGAAGACUCUCCGGAUGAGAUGCUGCCAGGUCCAUAAGAAGGUGGAUGCUGGCGGAGACGGAGGUGGUGCAGGGUCUCGGGUGGGAGAAGCGGUGUCAGGAGAGAGGCCACACGAGAAGGCGGUUCCCUGUGCCCAGGAGGCAGGAGGGGCCACCCUGCCCACGAGUCUGAGUGACCCUGGCCGAGGGCUUCUGGUGGCACAGGCUCAGUGCGGGCAUCGCCCUGUGAGGCACCUGGAUGCUAACUUUCGGAACAAAGCGCUGAGCCCCCAGGGGCCUGGGGUGUGCUCAGGUCUGGCCAAGUGGCCUGGGAGCCUGGAUGGUCCCGUGAGAAUGGGAAGCCCAGGGACAGCGAAGCAAGGGGCCGUCUUGUGGCCAGAACUCCAGUCUCCCCUCGCUGGAGCUCCGGCUGCGUUUCCCGAGCUCGAGAACAGGAGGCCUGCGCUGCGAGACCCCGAGGGCCCAGGCGAGGCCACGCGCCCGGCUCUGGGUUUUGAGGGACUGGCCCUCCCCCGCGGGGCUGCGGCGCGCAGGCAGCUGUCUGCGCCAGAGUCGCUCUCGGAGCGCCUGCGAGACCCGCCUGAGCGGAGGCCCGCUCACCGGGCGGCCGCCCGCGGCUGCCGCUUUGCCGAGCGGCUUUGGCCCAGUCCCCGGCUCCUCUCCGGAAGCCAGAGCGGCGGCCGUUCGGAGCUCGGCCAGCAGGUGGCGCUGCAGGCCUCGCGGUACGCUCCCCCGCGGGCCUGCGGGUUCCCGGCCAGGGCCUGGCCCCUUCCAGCCGCCCCUGCCCUGGCUGACCGGAAGGCGGUCCCCACGAGCCCCGCCGCCAGGGUCCAGGCGGGUGUGCCCACCCUGACGGGCGAGGGUGAAGUUGCAGAAGCACAGGGCAGCUCCCACUUCCCAGGAGAGACCGGGGAGGUUCCUGAAGGAGCCAAGCCCGUCUCAGCGGCCAUUGCUGUACUGAGCCUCCUUGUGGAGAAGAGGGCUCGUUUCGGGUUCUCUGCAAACGUCCUGUGCAGGCUUGUCCUUCUGACACACGUCCUGGCGGUCUUCGUCAGUCCUGUGCUGACUUCACCACAGGGCAAGGCGGGGGUGAGGGCGAGGGUGCGGAGGGGUCCGGCGCCUGGACCAUGGCACGCCUGCCGCUGGUCCCAGGACGGGAGCCCCUCCGUGUGCAGGCCCGCCAGCCUCUCCCCCAGUGACCGCGCUGGGGAGAAACAGCCACACGCAGCAGCUGAAAACGGCACCUCCCGGGAAGAGGAAUUUAGCCGCAGCGCGCCUGGCAGGCUCCCCGAGUUUCCAACCUCAGAGCCGAAGAACGAGGACCUGGAGCCUCAGGCCUUCCGGGCGGAAGCUGGCUCUCUGGCAGUGAUGCCGGGAGCCCCCUCUGCCCUCUGCCCUGCACUCCACGUGGCUGCCUGCGUCACCCUGGCUCAUCUGGCUUGGCGAGCGGACGGUGUGAAAGCUGGACGCCUGCUUGUCCUUCGGGACCACUUCUCUCUCCCCAGACACCUCCAAACGAUGCAACAAGAGGAUGAGCCGGGGAGGCCGUGGCCUCAGGAGGAUGAGCCCGCGGAGGCCGUGACUUGUGCACAAGUCCUCCCUGGGCUGAGCCGCGGCCACAGGCCCAGGUCCAGCGUGGCUCAGCUCCCCGUGCUCCUCCGGCCCAGCCUGGACUCUUCAUAG